UCCGAACGAUUCGACUAGUGAGUUUCGAUGUAUUUUUUACGUAGACAAACUUACGGAAUUGUGGCUUAAAUUUGGUUAAAAUUUAUACAAAUUGGUCUCGUCCAAGCACAAUUAAAAGAAGCAACCAAACAAAUUAAUUAAAAUGGCCGACGACUGGGAAUCCGCCGCCGACAGUGAAAUAGUCAUACGUCCGAAUGCAGCUAACAAUAUAAACAAGUGGGAGGGCGAGGAUGCUGACGAUGAUGUUAAGGAAAGCUGGGAGGACGAGGAAGAGAAAAAGGACGAGGAGAAACCGACGAAAACAGAAGUAGUGCCAGUCAAAACUAAACCCAACAAGGCGCUUAAAGCCAAAUUGGAAGAGCAAGAGCGGCUGCUCGAGGAGGAGGAAAGCAAACGAUUGGCCAAUCUAACAGCUGAAGAAAAAUUAGCUGAAAAACUACGUCUUCAGAAAAUACAGGAGGAAUCGGAUCUUAAGAGCGCACUUGAUACAUUCGGCGUGACGAGUAUAGGCGGAGGUCUCGAUGCCUUCAACCCGGAGAGUAAAGAAGAGUUUAAGGAAUUUGGCGCUGCUCUUAGCUGGAAGGUCGCACAGUACCGAGAAUCCCCACACUUUCCUCAAUUCAUCGAGGAUCUGGUGCGCGGCUUAUGUGUGAACUUGAGUGCUGCUGACAUUAAAAAGGUCAAGAUGAGCACAGAGGUCUUACACACGGAAAAAGUCAAAAUGGAGAAAGCUAGUUCCAAGAAGGCAGCUGCCAAGAGCAAGGGAAAAGUUACGUUGCGCACAGAUCACGACGAUAUUGAUGGCUACCAAAAGUACGGAAAUGAUUUUACCGAUGAUUACGAUGAUUUCAUGUGAAUAGGAUCAAUAGUUACAAACACCAUACAUAUAUCUGAUUAUUGAAUAUACAUACAUAUAUAGUUGCUUGUUGAAGUGAAAGAAAGAUUUCUUCUUGUUAAAGAAAUUGCGCAGGAAUUUGAAUCCUUUUUGUUGAUUUUGAAGCUGAUUAUAGGGCCAUAUUAAUAUAAAUAUGUGUACAUAUAUGUGUAUACAUAUAUAUUUGUAUUUGUAUGACAGCACACACCAUUACAUUAUGUAAAAUAUAUAUAAUAGAAUAACUAAAGUCAAGUCAAGCAAGCAAGCAAUCAAGAAACCUCAACAAAACAUAUUUCAAAUUACAAAAUACAGAAUAAUUAGGUACAUCGACGGCUUCUUGUAAAUUCUCUUUUGUAUAAUACUAUAAAGCGAUAUUAAAAUGUGAAACAAGCUCAAA